AUGUCGCACCGACCACACCCUCUCAGACAGUCGCAUACCCUGGAUUACCCCAGCAACCUCAACCGUCAGUCCUCUACCACAUCAUCCAUUGCUUCCUCGGGGUACUCGUUGUACUCCGAAAACAGCAGAGCAAGCACUCAACUCUCUUCAGUUUCCAGCGGCUACUCGUUACCAAGUUCUCAUAAGAGGGGCAAAAGCGAUGGCUCACGGCUGCAAAAAGUCUCAUUUGGAGGCGAGAACCAAGACCACAAGAGAGAACAGGACAACAACAUCUACUCCAUGGCUAGGCAGUCGCUCCGUCCACUCCCCCAAGCUCCCGCGUCGCCAUCCCGUGCCACUGCCACCCUGCCGACGACGACGCCCUCAACUCCUUCGCCGCCUCGUUCAACCUACCGCCAUGAACGCACCCAGAGCGUUGACAGUGGCAAGCUCUCACACGCCCAACGCGACGGCAGCACGUCUCCGACUCCGCUGUCACGAACUCUGACAAUCCGCCCCAACUCGAUGUUCAUCCCCCGUUCCGACUCUGUCAGCCGUGGAAGCGCGGCCCUGCCCCACGCCUAUGAACCCCCUUCCGCUGUGCACUCCGCGGCACUUGCCCGUCCGGACCUAGAGAAGCUGGGCAGAUCUUCGACAAGCCAGCUGCGCACAUUAUCCAAACUUGCUCAGUCCGAAUCUGCUGAUGACUUUGCAAUCACAGCGCCAGCUCAAGAAGUGGUAGGCCUGAGGGGCCGUCGCAGGUUGCAGAGGGCAGGCCAACCCAACACAACUCGCGCUGGCCAGCGCACCGGCGGAUAUGGCUGGGAAGGGCGGAAUUGGAUGGACAAACAGCGUCAGUUUCUCCAGGCCUACGAAUACCUCUGCCAUAUCGGUGAAGCAAAGGAAUGGAUAGAGGAUAUCAUUCACAGGGCGAUUCCUCCCAUCGUUGAGCUGGAGGAGGCCCUUCGUGAUGGAGUCACGCUCGCCGAGGUGGUCGAGGCUCUCAACCCUGACAGAAGAUUUCGCAUUUUCCGGCAUCAAAAACUGCAAUUCCGACACUCCGACAACAUCGCCAUCUUCUUCAGAUACCUGGACGAAGUCGAACUCCCAGACUUGUUCAGGUUCGAACUUAUCGACUUAUACGAGAAGAAGAACAUUCCCAAAGUCAUCCACUGUAUCCAUGCUUUGAGUUGGCUUCUCUUCAGAAAGGGCAUAGUCGACUUCCGCAUUGGUAACCUUGUCGGACAGCUUGAGUUCGAGCACCACGAGCUCGAAGCCAUGCAAAAGGGUCUCGAUAAACUCGGAGCUAACAUGCCCAGUUUCGGCAACAUGGGAGCUGACUUCGGCGUCGAACCCGCAACCCCGGAGCCCGAAGAGACCGAGGAGGAGAGGAUCGACCGUGAAUUGGGUGAGAACGAGGCGUCCAUUGUUGAGCUUCAGGCACAAGCCCGUGGAGCCAUGGUGCGAAUGCGCCUGGGAGACACCAUGCAGCAGCUGUGGGACGUUGAACAGGCGCUCAUUGAUCUGCAAUCGCGCAUCCGAGCCGAUUUCACUCGUCAAGUCAUUGGCUAUCGGCUUCAGAUGAGACGCUUUGCGGUUGACCUGCAGAGUCUUGCUCGCGGAUUCCUCAUCCGAAACAGAAUGGCCAACAAGGAGCGCAUGUGGAGGAUGCUGGAACCCGAUAUCUUGGAGCUCCAAAGUAUAUUUAGGGCCAACAAGGUCCGCGAUGAGGUACGGGACAAGAGAUCUCAAUUGGCCCGUCAUGCUGGACCUGUUCGCAAAAUCCAAGCAGCACUUAGGGGGUUCUUGGUCCGAAAGGAGCUCGUAAUCCAACAGCAGGAAACGGUACAAACAUCUGGACAAGUUCAAAGUCUUCAGGCUGCUGUCCGCGGAAUGCUGUUGAGAGGACGUGUUGCCGAUGACCUUUACCUCCUGGACAAACAGGCCGAUAGCAUAAUCAGGCUCCAGGCUGCUGCCAGGGCACUGCUGACUAGAGAUCAGAUUUCGCGGGAACAAGGGCAUCUCCAAGGCUCUGCGCCGCAAUGGACCGCUCUUCAAGCAGUGAUCCGAGGCCAGUCGCUUCGUACCGAAGUCGGUGCUAUUAGGGCGGAACUCGGUCAACAUACACCCGAAAUCGAGAGCCUCCAAGCCGCGAUCCGAGGCAAAUCACUUCGCGAUAGGGUCGCUGCAACGACAGCUGAUCUCCUUCAGCACACUCCCGAAAUUGAAAAUCUUCAAGCAGCCGCUCGAGGCAACGCAGUGCGCCUCGGGGUCUCGGCCACAAAGGCAGAGCUCGCCAAGCACGUCACCGAGGUGGAGCAACUCCAAGCACACGCCAGAGCAGCAGCCGUUCGCCGCGAUGUUUCCGAGAUGCUUGAUGAGUUGAGCAGCUACGAGGCGGUUUUCAUCGACUUUCAGUCUCUCAUCCGCGGAAUGAUGGAGCGACGCCGCGUUGCUUCCGAACAAGACGCUCUGUCUCGUGCCGAGCCGAAGAUCACCAAACUCCAGGCGCGCAUUCGUGGUUACCAGCAUCGCCGGCAACAUGCAGAGCUUCUCAGAGAGCUCGAGUCCCACACUCCAGCGAUUGAGAAGCUUCAGGGACUUGCACGCGCCAUGAUGGUGAGAGGAGACGUCUUCAACCUCAUCUCGGAUCUUGAAGAAGAAGAGAGCGUCAUCACCGAAAUGCAGGCUGCUGCUAAGGCCUUUAUUGUCAGAGCCAAGUUCGAAGAGAAGAAACGGUACUUUGACGAAAACAUGCAAAAGGUCGUCAAGAUCCAGAGCCUCGUUCGCGCCAAGAUCCAAGGAGACGCGUACAAGAGUCUCACUCACGGCAAGAACCCGCCAGUCAACGCCGUCAAGAACUUUGUCCAUCUCCUGAACGAUAGCGACUUCGAUUUUAACGAGGAGAUGGAGUUCGAAAGAAUGCGGAAGACGGUGGUCCAGCAAGUUCGCCAGAACGAGAUGUUGGAGCAAUACAUCGACCAGCUAGACAUCAAGAUUGCGCUGCUCGUCAAAAACAAGAUCACCCUGGACGAGGUUAUCAGACACCAGAACAACUACGGCGGGCACUCCAUCGGUCUUCUGGCGAACUCGUCAAUAUCGUCCACCAACCACUUUGACUUGAAGGCUCUGAACAAGAGCUCACGGAAGAAGCUGGAAUCGUACCAGCAGCUCUUCUUCAACCUCCAGACACAACCCCAAUACCUCGCACGUCUCUUCAAGCGCAUCCGCGAACAAGGCACCCCCGAGAAGGAAUGCAAGCGAAUUGAACACCUGAUGAUGGGUCUGUUCGGGUACGCUCAGAAGCGUCGUGAGGAGUACUACCUCCUCAAGCUCCUCGCCCGGUCCAUGCGAGAGGAGAUUGAGGGCAGCAGAAGCUUGCAGGAUUACCUGCGAGGCAACUUCUUCUGGACCAAGCUCCUGGCUAACUACACACGAUCCCCUCGCGAUCGGAAGUACCUUCGAGAGCUUCUUGGUCCCAUCGUGCGAGACAAUAUCGUCGAGGAUCCGGCCCUUGAUCUCGAAAGCGACCCUCUACAAAUCUACAGAGCAGCCAUCAACAAUGAAGAACUGCGGACCGGCCGUCCCAGCCGACGCCCCUUGGAUGUUCCCAGAGAGAUGGCCAUCAAGGACCCAGAGACCCGGGACCUCUUCAUCGACCAUCUUCGCGACCUCAGAGAGAUUUGCGACCAGUAUUUGCUGGCUCUGGAGGAUCUCCUUCCGAAGAUGCCCUACGGUCUCCGUUUCCUUUGCCGUCAGCUAUUCGAGGCUCUCUGCCAACAUUUCAAGAAGGAACCCCAGCACCACCUGCUCCAGAUCGUCACGAACUGGCUCUGGCGCUUUUACAUGCAACCCGCUGUCAUUGCCCCCGAGAACGUUGGCGUUAUAGAGAAACAGCUGAGCCCUCUCCAGAAGCGUAAUCUGGGCGAGGUCGCCAAGGUACUCGGUCAGAUCGCGUCUGGAAGACCAUUUGGCGGAGAAAACAUCUACCUGCAACCACUGAACGCCUUCGUGGGCGAUUCGAUGGAGCGACUUGCUCAGAUCACCCACGAGCUCAUCUCGGUCCCGGAUGCCGAGCGCAACUUCGACAUUGACGAGUUCAACGAUCUGUAUUCCAAGAACAAGCCCACCCUAUACAUCAAGAUGACGGACAUCUUUGCCAUCCACAACCUGGUUGCUGGCGAUCUCCCGACGAUAUGCCCCAACCGUGAUGAUGUCCUCCGGGAGAUCCUGCAAGACCUGGGUAGUGCCAAGAACAACGAGAACGAAAUGCUCGCCGCGGGGUCAUCCGACAUUCAAAUGUAUCUCACGCCGAAGCUGCACGACGUUGACGACCCCGAAGCAGAGGUUAAGGCCCUCUUCAUGGAGACGAAGCGAUGCAUCCUCUACAUUAUUCGCGUACAGACGGGCGCCAAUCUCCUGGAAAUCCUUGUCAAGCCCAUCAACCCUGAAGACGAGCACAAGUGGCGGGCAGUCCUGCACGACGACUUCACAAAGGACGCCAACACUAGAGGCGCGUACUCGGACGCCAACAUGCUGGACGUGACGCGGAUGUCAUACUACGACCUGAAGCGGAUAGCUCUGGAGAACAUCUUGAGACUGGAGCACAUGGGCAGAAUCUCCAAGCACAACUACUACCAGGACAUCCUCAACGCCAUCGCUCUCGACAUCAGAACCAAGAGCAGAAGACGCGUGCAGCGGCAGCGCGAACUGGAGGGUGUCCGGUCGACUCUUUCCAACUUGCACGAGAAAGCCAAGUACCUCGAGCAGCAACGCAAGAGCUAUGACGAUUACAUCGAGUCGGCCAUGGCGACGCUACAGAAGAACAAAGGGAAGAAACGGUUUCUGCUUCCGUUCACCAAGCAGUACAACCACCAGCGUGAACUGGAGCGUACCGGGCGGGUCCCCAAGUUUGGCAGCUACAAAUACAGCGCUCGGGCUCUCGCGGAGAAAGGCGUGGUCGUCGGGUGGAGUGGCGUCACCGACUGGGAGAGGGUCAACCUCACCAUUUCUUGCGACGAAGUGGGCGUCUUCUCCCUCGAGGGGUCCCGCGGCCACAUCCAGAUGCCAGGCGCCAGCGCCGAAAUACCCAUCGAGGAUCUGCUACAGGCACAGUUCGAGGCUCACCAGUUCAUGAACCUUUUCGAAGGGAACCUCAAGCUGAACGUCAACUUGCUGCUGCAUCUUCUGUACAAGAAGUUCUACCGCACGCAGUAA